UACGACCAACCGGAACAAGCCCGCUGUGAUCAGCAUUUAAAUACCUUAACAAAGCAAAUAAGUGUCAAUCCCGUUAAAAAUGAACCGAAUUUUCGGACGGAGCAAUAAAACGCCUACUCCUAACCUUUCUGACUGCAUAGGCAAUGUGGAUACGAGGAUCGAGUCAAUCGAUAAGAAAAUAGCGAGAAUCGACGCAGAGCUAAUGAAGUAUAAGGACCAGAUGAAAAAGAUGAGGGAUGGACCCUCAAAAAAUGCAGUGAAACAGAAGGCGAUGAGAGUGCUGAAACAAAAGAGAAUGUAUGAAGGUCAAAGAGAUCAGCUUUCCCAGCAGUCAUUUAAUAUGGAACAAGCCAACUAUACAAUCCAGUCUUUAAAUGACACCAAAACAACAGUGGAGGCAAUGAAGAUUGGAGCAAAAGAAAUGAAGAAAGCAUAUAAACAAGUGAAAAUGGAUCAGAUUGAAGACCUGCAGGAUCAACUGGAAGAUAUGAUGGAUGAGGCCAACGAGGUGCAGGAAGCUCUCAGUCGCAGCUAUGGCACACCAGAGAUCGAUGAGGAUGAACUAGAAGCAGAACUGGAUGCUCUGGGAGAUGAGUUACUGCUGGAUGAUGACAGCUCUUACUUAGAUGAAGCCUCGUCUGUACCCUCCAUUCCUGAAGGAAUGCCCAGCGACACUAAAACCAAUAAGGAUGGCGUUCUGGUGGAUGAGUUUGGUCUACCACAGAUCCCUGCCACAUAAGAAUCUGUUCUCUGAUCAGUGUUUUGUUUACAGCUGGUGGAGGAAGUUUUUCUUGUGCUGAUGGUAUUGAACAUGUUGUGUUGUAUUCAUUGCCCAGUCUAGCACAUAGCAUUGUAACUUCAGUUUAAUGUUUAACAUGAUCACAUGAAGUGUGAUUUUUCCAGGUUUAUUUAGAAUUUGGUCAUGUAAACAUGUUCGCCUGAUUUUCAUAACCCAGUAAAUUCAGACGAGAUUACAGUUUUUAGAUAUCCAAGUAAAACUCCUGGCAUAUCCCUUUAUUAAUCAAAAUUUGGAUCACCUACUUUCCAUUAUAUCUGAACAUACGUUUAUAGUAAUGCAUGUCCAAACAAAAAUAAUUCUGGAUGAUAUGAGAUACAAACAGUUUGGGGAAAGUCGAGUUAUUGAAGAAAUGUAUUUUUAGAGCAUGGAGAUUUUUUUUUUUCUCCAGAAUAAUUACAUUAAAACAUCUCAUUACAUAUUAACUUAUUAAUUGUGUUAAUUACAUAUAGACACAUAUAAACUCUUAUUCUUAAUAUUAAUUUUACAUUUGCCAAUUAAUAUUAUUGUCUAUGCUCUUGUUAAGAUGGAGUGUGUCUUGCUUCACGCUGGACUCUGAAGCUUGUUGAAAUGUUGACAGAAUUGUUGACACUGAUCAAGUAUUUCAAGUCCAUAGUUCUGAGUAGCAUGAAUGAAGAACCUGCGUGGAGCAGCCAUCAACUAGUCCAAAUAUUGCUUGGAUUAUUAAAAUGAACUGGUUUUCUUGAUAACAAACUUUAUUAUUGGUUAUACAUCAAGAUCUGAAAUAUUCUGAAACGUGAAAUGCAUCACUGGAGUCUGUAAGAGAUGCAAUAAAUGGUGGUAUUUGAAAACAGCGGAGCAUUUUUGUGGAGCCAUUAGGCUAUUCAUGCAGCAAUAACACAUUUCAGAAGAAAGACAGAUUGAACAAGCGGUAUUACACAGUCACAUUUACAACAUAAAAAAAACAUUACAUUUUCAGCGUUUUUUUUUUG